AGGUAUGUGGCUCUGGUUCCAGAAAGGCUGUUCAGGGGACCAUAGGAAGCUCCAGGGGUCAGACGAUGUGUCCACUAGCUCAUGGAUGGUCAGCAGCCCUGGAGAGGCUGGGGAUUGAACCUGGGGCCCUCUGCAUGCAAAGCUUGGGCUCUGCCUCCCAGCUAUGGUGGCUGCUUUGCCUUGGCACCGCUUAGAUGUCUUCUGUCGGUUCAAGAAUGGAUCUACUGGCAGACAGCGAGAUGUGCUGUAGCGGGAGACCUGGUCUGCAGUGAAUGAUGGCCAAGCGGCUGCUGGUGGCUAUUGCCCUCUGGGCCCUCGGAGGCCCACUUGGACUCCACCACCUUUACCUGGGCCGGGAUAACCACGCCUUACUGUGGAUGCUGACACUGGGUGGCUUUGGCUUUGGGUGGCUCUGGGAGCUCUGGCUGCUGCCCGGCUGGGUGGCUCAGGCCAACGGCACCCUGGAACCACAGAGCGACGAACAGCCGCCAUUGAACCCUGUGCGCUUCUUUGGCCAAGCCUUCGUAGGGAUCUACUUUGGGUUAGCGGCUCUCAUUGCUCUCUCAGCCCUGCCUGGUUUUUACAUUCUGGCUCUUCCCCUGGCGGUGGGCCUGGGAGUUCACUUGGUGUCUGGAGUAGGUAAUCAGGCCUCGAAUCUUCAGGCUACCUUCACAGCUGCCUUCGUAACCUCACUAAUCUUCUACGGCCGCUCCGUGGCAAUCCUGCCCAUCAGUCUCAUAACCAGCGUGACGGCCCAGUGGCAUCGGCACUACAAAUCCAGCAGGCACACCAGUGAGAAACUGAGUGGCCGCGUGUACCGACUGGGCCUGGCUUACCUGGCUUUCACAACGCCCUUGGCCUACUGCGCCUUCUGCAACACAGCGGCCACCAUCAGCUCUGUGGCCAGCACGAUUGGAGCUGCUCUGGAUUACCUCAACAUGUUUCCACUGCUGGGCAACAUGGUGGAAUCGGCACUUCUCCUGCCCUACCGUACCUGGAGGAUGCUGGGCUUCAGUGAAGGCUACUUCCAGGAGUGGGAGAAAGUAUUUGUAUUUGUGCAAUCUUUCCAGGAUGAAAGGCGACAGAUGGCAUACAAGGUCCUGGGCAUCCAUGAGGAUGCCACAUCUGAAGAAAUCAGCAAAAGGUACCGGGAGUUGGUGAAGCUUUGGCAUCCAGAUCACAAUCGCCAUCAGGCAGAAGAAUCAGAGAGACGUUUUCUUGAGGUGCAGGCUGCGUAUGAGCUUCUCAUGAAGAUGAAGAAAUCAAAGCAUGCAUGACCAUACUCUUGAUAACUCCAAAAACUCUUCUUGCUAUUAUGUUGCUGGAGAACAAAACACUGUUCAAGCUAGAGUUUUCAAAGUGUAAGAUGGGGUUUCUUAGAGGUUAAAGGUUUGGUUGCAGUAUUAUUUUCUGUUUGUCUCAUAUUGGUCCAGAAGGGCAAACCUCCUAUAACACAUCUUAUCAAUCUUUCUCUUCACCUUUUAGUUUUACAUGCCCUGUUUUUUGACAUGAGUGCCAUUAAACUUUGCUCUUCUGAAAUAUUUGUAUUGAAGGAUAGGCAACAAACUUAUUAACAGUGUAAUCCUAUAGAAGCCUACUCCUAAGUACGGUGGUACCUUGGCUCACAAACUUAAUC